CUAAUGCAAUCAUCUUUUAUUUACCUUAACACAUCCCUUUUAAUCUUAGGCUUUUUAAUUGCAGAGUUCUCCUGUUGAAGAAAUUUGAACUGUCCUUCAUUGUACUGUGCUUGGGGUGCUCUGCACAUUCUCAAAGUAUGGAGUCAAUGGAUAUGAGUGAGUAUGCACAAGGUCAAGAUGAAACUCGUAAGGAAGCAUUGUCAACACUUUGGAUUAUUUUCACUAAAAUCGGUAAAGGAAAAGAUGGAGUUGAAAGAGCUGCAUGCAAUUUUUGUAGUACUGAUUUUGCCAUCGGGAAAAACCCCAAGUCCGGUCAAAGUUAUGGAACUUCACAUCUAAGUCGUCAUGUGUUUAUUUGUAAAAGUUUUCAGAUGAGCCUUCUUAGUCUAGAGGAAUCGUCAAGCCUAACCCCAAUCAACCAAAACACACAUCGUGAAUUACUUGGAGAAGCCAUUAUUGCACAUGAUCUUCCUUUUAGCUUUGUCGAGUAUGAAAAAAUUCGAGUUUGGGUGAAAUAUUUGAAUCCAUGUGUUGAAAUGGUCUCUAGGAAUACCACGGUGUCUGAUAUUGAAAAGAUAUAUGAUAAAGAAAGGAUCAAGCUUAAGGAAAUCAUGGGUAGGAUUCCAAAUAAAAUUUGUCUUACAUCGGAUGUUUGGACAGCAUCUACUAGCGAGGGCUAUAUUUGUUUGACUGCUCACUUUGUUGAUGAAAAUUGGAAGUUAGUUAGUUGUCUUCUUAACUUUCUUCGAAUGAAGCCCCCACACACGGGUAUUGCAUUGGAAGCUACUUUAUUUGAUUGCUUAAAACAAUGGGGAAUAGAUAAGAAAAUAUUUACUAUUACAUUGGAUAACGCCUCUGCCAAUGACAACAUGCAAGACCAUUUGAAAACUCAUCUUCGAGUGCAGGGAAAUUUGAUGUGUAAUGGUGAAUUUUUUCAUAUCCGGUGUUCAGCCCAUGUACUCAACUUAAUUGUCCAAGAGGGUUUAAAAAUUGCUAGUGAAGCCCUCCACAAAAUUAGAGAGAGUGUCAAGUAUAUUAAAGGAUCUGAUGGAAGGAUGCUUAAGUUUAAAGAUUGUGUCGAGGAUGCAGGGAUAAAUGUUGGCGGUGGUUUAAGAUAUGAUGUAUCUACUAGAUGGAAUAGCACUUAUUUGAUGCUCGAAAGUGCCUUACAAUAUAGAAAAGCUUUUGAGUUUUAUAAGGUGGCAGAUAGAAGCUAUAGAUACUGCCCAUCUGAGGAGGAAUGGGAAAGGGGAGAAAGAAUUUGUGAGUUCUUAGAACCGUUUUACGAUAUCACAAAUUUGAUUUCUGGUUCAUCUUAUCCAACAGCAAACCUGUAUUUCAUGCAAGUGUGGAAAGUACAAUGCAUUUUAGAAAAACAUCAAAAAAGUAUUGAUAAGGUGAUAAAGGAUAUGUCUGAUAAGAUGAAAGUUAAAUUUGACAAAUAUUGGAAAAAUUAUAGUGUCGUGCUCGCAUUUGGAGCAAUUCUUGAUCCCCGCUUGAAGGAGAAGUUUUUGAAGUUUUGCUACAGUACACUUGAUGCGUCAACAUCUAAAGAGAAACUUGAGAAGGUGAUGGAUAAGUUCAAAGGGCUUUAUGAAGAAUAUGUGAGUUGUUCAACCAAUCAAAGCGUUUCUCUUUCUCAAUCAUCUUGCGAGUUCAACUCGUUGGCUAAGUUACCUAGAGAGGGGAAUAAAGCUAAAAAGUCAAAGAUUAUAAGUGAUUUUAAAUCAUGGAACUCGAUUGAGAGUAGGUUUGUUCCUGAAAAGAGUGAGUUAGAUAUAUACUUUGACGAUGAAUUGAUGGAGCUGGAUGAAGAACACUCCGAAAAUUUUGAUGUACUUCUUUAUUGGAAGUUAAAUGAGAAAAAGUUUCCGAUACUCUCUAUAAUGGCACGUGAUGUGCUUAGCAUUCCUAUCACGACUGUAGCAUCUGAGUCUUCUUUUAGUAUUGGUGGACGUGUUCUUACCAAAUACAGAAGUUCUACUCUUCCAGAACACAUCCAAAUGUUGAUUUGUACUCGGAGCUGGUUGUAUGGAUUUCCUGAAAAUAUAAAUGAUGAGGAAGAUAUCAACACUAUGGAUGAAUGCAAUACUGAGAUGACAAUGACUCAACAUACAUUUGGAUUGCAAGAUUGAAGUGGACAACUAAUUUUAGUGUCAUAUACUUUAAUGAGUUUGUUGAAUUGAUAUUUUUAUGCCUUUAACCGAUAUGUUUGUGGAUU